CUUAGCACAAGCUUUUUUGCAGCUUUUUGCUAUUUUUCUUGGGUGCUACCCUACCCCCUGGGCACAUUUGCAUUUGAUAGUUCGUUGUCUUUAACAAGAACUUUUUCCCCGGCUGCAUUUCUUUGAUUAUUAAUUACCCCAUUAAAACUAUGUCGUACAAAGUAGUUUUGCUUUCGCUCGUAACGCUGCCCCCUCGCGAGGAAGGUGAAGUUUUUACGUCGUCGAGUUCGACAGUAGAACUUACUACUUCAACUCCAGUAGCGCGAGAACAAGUCGCAAAUCGUAAAAACCCAACAUCAUGUGAGUUGUAGAAUCGACGAGAGCUAAGGCUGUAACAUCGAAGGAAGCAGGAGCCCCAUCCGGAGUCUCUGGUCCCCCGCCGGCGUCGACAACCCCAAGCACGAUGCCGAAGGCCGCAGCGAACAAGGGGGUGUCGCCCCGCAGCAUGGAAAAGCGGCGGAAACGCCAGCAAACCAUGCUGGACGCACAGGGCACGGACGCGCUGAUCGAUCCUUCGGUGCUCUACGAGGAGUUUGCGGUUGCGGUAGCCCAGGGCCAGCUGGAAAAUACUAUGGGUCUGAAAAUUUCAUUUUCACACAUGUGUAGAAGUACUGUACUCCUCCAAAGCCAAAGGCAAACGCAAAGCUAAUUGCAUUCUUCGGACAGACAGAAGAGCUGCAUCUGCAUGCGAAUCGCGUUCAAUAUGGGGUAUUGAUUUAGUUGUAUGGUUUGGAAUAAAUGAGCAAAUGCGACAAGCGCGACAGCAGAAAUAAAUGCCAGGAAUAGACCCUCCGCAUGUGAUGAAAUUUUCAUUUGCAUAAGGAGGCCAAAGAAGCUCCUACCGAGGAUCAUGUGUGUGCCGAAUCUCGUCGCGAGUAUGGUCAAAGCGCAAAUGAUCAUGAGAAGGUAGAAAAGUUUUGAGUGACCACUGGUUAUUUUUCCUUCGUGCUGUUUCAUCUAGGAUGGGUCUGGGUGCGCGUUGCUCUCGUAUGUACGCAUGCACUUUCGUUGUGAAAUUAGAAGCACAAAAAAAUUUCCUCUCAUCAGGGCGGUGUUUCUAAAGAAUUUUGGGCAUUUGAACCACCCAGCCCUCUUCCCUUGGCGGGAGCGAAGGAAGCGCACGUAGAGGCAAGGCCGCUAGGCACGAUGGGCGUGCGGGGGCACUGAGCGCAGCCCCUGCCCGAGCCCCCACAAACAGGGCCGCCGGAGAGCGUGCGCAGGCCCUUAGCGGAGGCUCAGGAGGCUAGCCACAGGAAACAGCACGCAAAAAGCGCGCCGACGGCCGAAAGACUAGAAACACUGCCGACACCCAGCAAAGAUAAAGCAGGGCAGGCAGGGCGGCAGGGCAGCCGCAGCGGGAAGGCAGGGGAGGUGCUGCGGGUGGUUCUUGCUAGAAACCAGACAGCCCAAAAAAAAAAAGCAAGCAGGCCAAAACGAAAGCCCACGGCAGGGGCCGAAGCAAAAAGCGUUGGCUGGGAACGAAAGGAGAAGCGGCCAGCAAACAGGCCUAGGGGGAGAGCCGUAAAGAGGCCGAAAACAUGCUCGGCAAUCCAAAGGAGACGGGGCAAAAUCAGACCGCCCCGACGCGGCCGAAGAGCCCCCGCGGUCGGCAGUGAGCACGCGACGGAGUCCGGCUUUCCGAGCCACACUCACACAGCAGAGAAAGGCGCGAACUGACACCAGAGCCCUCGUAACAGAGGGAGAAGGGGAAGGGGCGCCAGAAUGCAGAGCGACUUCAGCCUGGGGCAGCCAAACGCGAACCGCAAGGCAUCUAAGCCAAGGCCAAGGGCCCAGACCACGGCAGGCAGGGCCGAAGGCCACCCGGGGGCCGGGCAGCGCGCGUCUCGGUCCCUCCGCGCGAGUUUCCCACUUUGGCGGGUUUUCUCACUAGUGUUUUCGCUUUCCCCAAAAUCGGGCUUUUUGUCACUAGUGGCUCCACUAGUGGGCGCCUUCACUAGUGGCGCCUGUCACUAGUACCUCUCGCGCUUUUUUGUUACGCUAAAAACACUAGCAGGAUUUCUACUAGUAGCCGUUUUUCUGCUAGCACGAUUCUACUAGCAGGAUUCCUACUAGUAGCUUGCACUCCCCCGCCCGCCAGAAUUUUUUGAAUAGUAUUAUAGAUAAUCGAAGAUUCUUAGCAAAGCGAUACACUUGUAAGCACAUCCGAGAGAGAACGAUGGGAAACCGAUGAAAGAACUCUCGAAGAAGGGUAAUAGCUUGCGUGAGUGAGUGAAUGAAUGAAGCACAAUAAAAACAUUUCUUCUCAUCAGGGCGGUGUUUCUGAAGAAUUUUGGGCAUUUGAAUCUGGAGGACCUGGAAACCCCGCCGAAUUCCGAGUGGGGGCUGGCGUUGUACCUGGUCCGACGACAGCGGUCCGAGGGCACCGAGUUCAUAGAUUUCAACAAGGAGGCGAUCUGCCUCGCCGGCAUCGUCUGCGUGAAGGAGCGAAACUUGUCGCUGUCGCUGAUGGACGACCUCGUCCCCUACUACGAGGAGAAGGCGAUCGGCUCCCGCGGGUUGCAGAUGCUGCAGGAGAAACAGGCCACCGUGAUUGCCGAGGCCUACGACUUGGCGAUGUACUACUUUCGCGACAAGGAAGCCUUUUACGACCGCUACUACUCCGAUCCGGAUCGGUAUGGACGGGAUGUUGAGCCGGCAUUCAGAUUGAAUCGCGAUGUAUGUAGGUCGUUCCGUUGUUGCCUCCUGGAAUGACAGACUUAGCAGGGUAAAAAUGUCGGAAUUAAGCAUCACGCUUGCGCCACAAGUAGUAGAUAGUCACUCUCAACACGACCUUUCUUUGGAACUCGUAUGUAGUACACUAAAGAGUGGGUUGCGUUGUGGUGGUACUGUCGCAACUUGAAUUUUCAUUCACAUCCUAUCAAAAAGGCGGAACUUCUGCACCAGUUUCGGCUACAGGAUUCAGAACAGUAUGCAGGUUUUUUUCAUCUCCACACACUGCGAGUGUACAAGCAGCGGGCCAACCCGAAACGCUCGACCAAGCAAGAACUUGCGAAUGCGGAUUCGGAGUUGCAGGCGGCGCGGCAGAGCUCGCGCCAGCAGCGAGAGAGAGUGGUGGCCAAGCAGGUAAUAGAAGAUGGCGGGGAACGUAUUAAUUGCAACUAUUGUGUCUGGGUCCCUGGAAGAUGAAUACAGAUGUUUUCUACGCUGUUUUUGUGCGCGAUAGAGUCCUCUCUGGUAUGCAAACUCGACGAGCAUCACAGAUUUUUAAGAGAAGUACAACAAUAAGCAUAGCAAACUAAAACCUAAACUAACAAAAUUAUAUAUAAAAAUGCAUGAGAAAGCACAGAUUUUUAAGACGGUGUCUCAAUGCCUUUCCCGCAUGUGAGAGUGCUUAAUGUGGUACCCCCAUCUUGUAGUAAUAAGGAGUGGAGGUCAACUACUGCUUUUACCGAAUAAACCUGACAGAUUUUUGCAAGAUCGACACUGCGCUGCAUAACAAGUUUGCAGCAGGCUUCCCGACUCAGACAUAAUUUUUGCAAGGCAUAGAACAGGUCACACCUGUUGACGAGGACGAGCAGAAGCGGCAAAUGGAUGCGUUCGCGACGAUCCAUAUCAAGUGUAAGUAUGUCUAGGUGCAGUGCUGGAAGAGUGCGCUUGUUGUGAUCAAGGGUCACUUAGCUCAUCACAGCACAGAGGUGGGUCCAGGCAUACUUACAAUGCAUAAUCCACGGGAGCGAACAAAUCGGCGGGAGCAGCAGCUCGUUCGUGCCGCCAGACGACGGCGCCGCCCACCCCGACGAAGAUAUGAAUUGCAAAUAUGUCUGGGUCUGGAAGAUUGCAAGAUUUGUCAUGCUUGUCUGGCAUGACUGAAGAUUUUGUGAUGCGCGUCCAAGAAGAGACUCUUUUGCUUGUCAUGCAAAGCGCAGUUUGUCAUGCGGAAAGCGCAAUAGGCAAUACUAAGCAACGCAAAUACUUAUUUCUCAUGCCUGGCUGUGCAUUACAGAGAAUUCACUAUUGCCAGCUCAGCAUUACAAGUUUCCAGAGCCAGACAUAUUUGCAUUUGAUAGAAGAUUUGGUAAGACAACAGUCUGCCGGUACGUCGCAACAGGUGACCAUCGCGGAGGCGCAGCCGGAGUUGUCGGUGGAGGGCGGGGAGUAUCCUGUGCAAAAGUAUCGUAUUCGUAGUAAUUGCAUUCAUGCAUUACAAAUUUCUUUGUCAAGGUGAAUCAGCAUUACAAAUUCAAUUUGUAAUGCUGGGCUAAUUUGUAUUUGUAAUGCAAUUUAUACUAGUACGAUGCUUUUGCACUGGAUAGGGAGGAGGCUGCGCAGCCGGGGAACCGCGCCGCGUCCUCCUCCCGAUCGGAGGACGACGGCGCGACCACGGUGUACCCGCGAUCGUCCACGUCUGCCGGGGGCCAAACGCAGGAGUACUUCCCCGAGAACGAGGAGAACAGCGCCAGCUCGCGGCCACCGCAGAACGCGUCCAACGACAAAGAGCCGGCCAAGGGGGACGAGGUUGGCCUCGCCGGCGCGGUUUUCCUUACAUCAACCGGGGUAGACGAGGACGGUCACCAACAACUAUCACCACCCGCGGGUUCCGACGAGGCAGCGCCGGCGGUGUCCGCGACGAGCGUCGAAGGCGGACUAGGAUUGACAACGACCCCCGGAGAAGGCGCCGCCCCCGAUGCCGCAAAAGCAGAACAAGCACCCGAGGCGGCCGCAGCGAGUACAGCGGGGGGAGGAGAUGAGCCCGCUACCGGCUCCUCCGCACCACAGGCGCCCCUGGAAGCGGACCGCGCGGAGCCCGUGCUCGGGGAAGAGAAUGAUGGGGCGCACGGCAGUACAGGAGCCGGUGGGGCCACCGGAUCCGGCUCAACCUCGUUCGUUCCGAAUCCGGAAGACUCGGGGCCCAUCCAAAUGAUGAAUGUGGACGCGACCGAGGAAAACCCGCCCGUAAUCGACUUGUCUUCGUUUCACGCGAAGCAGCUAGAACAGCAGCAACAGGGCGAGGACGGCGCGAUCGCGUUGAUACCGGCCGAGGCCGCUGAAGGGGGCACAGCGCCACAGCAAUCGCGGGACGAAGACAUCAAGCAGCGGCAAUUAGCUGCGAGAAAGCUUUAUCAUGCGGAAAAUGGUCUGACACUAACAUUCAGAUGUUUAUUUGUCAUGAAAGAACAGCCGCAGAGGCAGAAUUACUCGGAUGGGACGAUUGAGAGACACACAGAGGGGAAUGCACUGCAUGGAGUGCUGUCCUGUUUAAAAAUGUAAUCGCUGGGCGUCAUGAUUCUUUUGGCCCCGUUGUUGUAGACAACAAGUCUGUGCAUGUUACUACUGAGCAGGACCUUUUCCUCCCUCAUACGCUCGCAGACUUGGGCCAACACGACCGGCAGUUUAAAGAAGACGCUUUGGCAGUGUCGGAACUAAUGAAGUCAUACGCUUAUCCCUGGUAGUACAAUGGAGUUCAUCUUCUCUUGUCGCUACAUGACUGCAGGAUAAGAAACCUCUAUUCAUAGUACCUUGUUGUAGAUGGCAGCAAUAUAAUACUUUUGGGAAAAUGAUAUACAGUCGGUCCUUUGUGCAUAGCCGACAGCAAAAGAACUACUUGUUUGCAAGGGAUACAGCAGAGGACUCCGACGAGGAGGCGGCGAGGCACGACCCGGGCCGACGAAGAGAGGCGUUUUUGAAGGGCGCCACGGACUUCGGUGGCAGCCCGAGAGCCAUUCAACAGCCAUUUUCGCCAGGGAGCACGAAUUACGGUAUUCUUGCAGCUUGGCAGAAUGCACUUUUGAUGUCCUCGUCGGGAAAUCACGUUUUUUGCCACAUGCUUGAGUCACUUACGUUGGUCUCAGGUAUGAUUGACAUAGUCAAAGGUUCAAUAUUUCCCACUUUUCAACUGCAGGUGACGUGCGGCCUGAGCUCGGAGCCGCCGCCGUGUCCGGAGACACGCAGCUGCUGACUCUCGCGCUGCACAUAUCGGAUAGACACAACGAACAAUCUUCACUGUGCUAAUUUGGCUGCAACUGCGCUAGUUGUCUGGAUCGGAGAGUUCCUUGCUCCGCAUGGCGAACAAGAAGCACUCUAAUAUAAGUACGUGCGUUCCUACAGAUGCAGGUGAGGAAGAAAUACGUAGUAGCUCCUGAAAGUAGUAGGUUCCUUGGCAUAUCAUGAUUCUUCUUACUUGCACACGAACUUCACGACUAUCAAGAGUUUGGUGCAGUUGCAUCCAAGUACUUACUUUGUUACACUUGGCAUUCUGCAGUGAAGCGGUGUUUUAUUUCCGUGCCAUAGCGCAAUGACACAGACCAGAUCGUGGAACAGAGCAACGAAUUUCCGACGGACCAGGAUCUGCAGUCCGGCGACCUGCGGCACAUCGAGACGCCGAACGAGCACCACAAGGCCUGGAAGACCAACGACCAGAACCCGUUCGUCGUGGGGAUGGGGCACUACGUAACCGGGUACCCCGUGGAGGGCGAAAAUAACUUUUACGACGGGCGGGACCUGUUCGAAAAGUACGAGCACCACCGCAUUCGGCAGGUGAUCGACUACGUGGCGCGGAUCUAUUUCAAGGACCCGGAACUGGAAAGGCAGUACAGCAACAGCAGCUACCACGAGUGCUUCGGACAGUUGGAAGCGCUGCUGACGGAGCAGAUGGAUGCUAUUUACGCCGACUUGAGCAAUCUUCUGAAGAAGAACAACGACACCAUUCCGGACAUUGUCAAGUGCGAGCAGCAGGUGUUUGCGAACUUCCGGAUCAACCGCGUGUCGGACGAGCACUACGAUGACCUGAUCGAGAAGCUGCACCGGGCGCGAUAUAAUUUGUUCAAGCGGAAGGAGUACGAAAUCACCAACCAGUGGGAGAAGCCCUUUUCCGGGCCGGUGUCCAAGUACCGGCCGCAAAGCGUGAAUUACGCCGAGGAGUUAGGGAACGACAACGAAUUUGUGCUGGAAUUCCGCCACGAAAUGUCGAAACUGUACGCAAAGCACGUCAACGAUUUCUCGAAUUUGGCGAGAAAACGGCUCUCCGCCAUCGACGACAUCUUCCACGCCAAGGGCAAGGCGCCACAGGUACUUGUUUGGCUACGGGAUGGGUUCUUGGUCAACAUGUUACGUAGAUUUUGAGGAAUUCGAAUUGUCGUCCUUUGGUGCUGAAAUGAGCUUGACCUUGCUGGCAUCAAUCUUGAAGAGAGAGCUUUUUUGUGUGAAAAAUUUAUCAGGUGAAAUCCGUCCUGAAGUCGUUCGACGACCGGCGCCUCCUGGAAAUCGCUAACGGAAAAGAGGACUUGCGCAAUUGGAUGAGCAUUCUGGGCGACGGGGACCCCGCGAUCCUCGCGUUUGGCGGGGAGUUGCUGUCCCCGCGCACCUUUCAAGACUGGUUCUACCCCUGCGCGGAGAAGCACCGGGACGCGUUGUUGCAGCAGGAGGAGCGGCACCUGACCACGGGGGAAAUCUUCGAGGCCGCGGAGCACCUGAACACGCUUUUGUCGGGCCUCGGGAAGCAGGCCCCGGCGCUGGAGAAGUGGGUGCACGAAACCCGGGCCCAGAUCCCGGAGUUGCAGCACUUGGUGCCAAAACCCAUCGUUUUGCCGGCCGCGGAGCUGACCGCGGCGGAAAAAACCGCGGGGAUGCCCAACGGCUACCAGAAUUUGGAACUCGCGGACGCGGGGCUCGAGGGCGAGGUGCGACGGGCACAGGACCCGUUCGGGGCCAGUGUCGGGGCGAAGGGCGUGGACCCCAGGAAAUUCGCCGUGCAGGAGGAGAAAAAGCCGGACUACACACACACUCUGGCCCUGAUGGACGACAUGGCAGAUGGGGUAAGAAUCUUGUCGAACUUGACGAUGUACAUUUGGUAAUGGUUGCUGGUUUUCUCGCUGCUAGUGAUUUCUUUCGACCACUACACUUGCAAGGGUCGCAGCUGCACCUCCCGUGUAUGCAGAUUUUUCGUUUGUUCAAAAACAAAUCGUUCUUUAAUCACCCACCCCCACACACUCAAACACCAGUACUCCUUUCCUCCGAUGCCGACCUCCAAUUGGGCCUUCCUCCGCAUCACCAUGCCGACUUCAGAUCUCACGGCCAUCAAACUGGGUCCGGCGAACGUGUUGAAGCGAAGGUUCCAGCGGGUGUUCAACCAGAUCUGCAGUGACUUUGUGCAGCUCCACGAAGUGGUGUGCAUGGGGUUCGCGAUUGAGCCGUUGUCGGUGAUAUUGAAGGUAACAGAACGGGUAAAGGAGCAGGUCUGGGACCAGAUCCAAAACGAUGUGUACGAGCAGCACAGCAAUUUGAUGGCCAGCCCGGUAAAUUUGUUCCUCGUCAACGCCCGCGUGUCGGCCACGACGGAGGAUAAGAUUAUCUAUUUGGACGACGGGAGCGGGGAGAAAAAGGUACGGAUUUGAAGAAAUGUAGCUGUCCAGCUUUCGAGCAAUUUAGGAGCGUGCUAUCGUCGUGUAUUAAAGAAUUCUGUGCUGACUGUGAGAAAUACAUAAUUUAUUAGCCAAUAGGCAUGCAGCCAAGACCAAAACAAUGUCAGAAAAUUCACAACAAACGCAUUGCUGUAGAUCAUGGAGCAAUUUUCCGGAAACGAGAUGAGUAGCGAGCCGCAGGACACAAAUCUCGCCCACGACCUUUCUAAGGAUCAGCUAGAGCAAGUACAAAUCGACCAAAUCACCGAUGAGAGACCCCCAACCGACGGCACGGCGGAGCGCAGCAUCGUGCCAAGAGGCCCCGGAGUGGAUGCGGAAACGCAGACCGAGCCGGUAUGUGUUGCUUUUGCGUUCAUUUGCGAAAGAACGAAAUUUUGGUUGUCAGUCAAAGACGUAUCUAAUCUUUUUGUCUUAGAAUAAUUUCGAUUUCCCCUACCUCGUCGCCAGAGACGAUGUACUGUAUGCAAUUGCGGACGAUCUUCACGACACAACAGGUCCGCGUGUUCAUGGUGGGCGAUCCGCGGCUCGCCGAAAUCGAGCGUAUGGAGCGGUUGGAAAAGAAUGUUGCGGACAGCAAAAACCAGUCUCCCGAGAAGCUGAAGCAGAUGCAGAGUCCCUCGAAGGCCGGCCAGGAGAAGGAGGGCUUUCGGACCGCCACCGGGCUUCUGAUGCCGGAUACGAACGCGCAGCUGGAGAAGAUCGACAAGGACUUGCACGAACGGGCGCGGUUGAAGCUCCCCUUUGACGUGCAGGACCUCCUGGACACGAUGCGGAAGCGCGACCCGGCGCCGGUAAAGGUGGAAACGAUCGAUUUGCCGACCAAGGACCAGUUGCGAAACGGCGAAACGUACUACGCGCUGAACCAGAAGAUCGAGGAGAGGGACCCGGGCACGCGGACGCGGUACCAGAAACCCGCCACCUACUCGCUGUACAACCAAAAUGCGCCCUUCGAAAAACAGUUGGUGAAAAAGGCCAGCGCGACGCUCGGCGGCAAGUUCAUGUGCACCUACUCCCCGUCCAAAAAGCCCACGGCCGUGACGGUCCGGGCGGAAAUGGAGAAAGAAGGCAUGUUGCACACCACCUCCAGCUCCUUGCAGGGUGCCGGGGCCUCCAUCGUGGGCGGCGGGGCGGGGGCCGCAAGCGGGGGGAUGCCAGGCGGCAUCGGCGGGUCGCCGAGGAGGAGGUAGAAAAGGUUGUUUUUGGAGAAUAAGGCCGCAAGAAGGUGGAGGAGUUCUUCUGCGUUCGUGGUCACAAUUAUGGAUUCCGUUUUAAUAAUGUAGCCUGUUGUAGGUAGCUCCAAAUAUUAAAUGUCUUGCAGGACUACAUUCUGCCACCCAAAAAGAAAUGUCAAAUCACCCACAGAUCUUCUUUUUCGAGUUAUUCGCAAUGAACAAUAGUAGAAUAGGUUUCACUUGUUUGCAACAACAGCAGGAGGAUGUUGAAGUACAUUAUUUCUAAAAACGAGACACGCUAGCGCUUAUUUAUUUGCUUCAGCGAAGAUGCCGGCCCCGGCGCGAAUCGCGAUUGUAUGAUCAUGAAAUUCUAACUCGUCGUCGUCGUUGAAGCGAGCUGUGCUGCGAUAGCGUGAUCGAAUUGUCAUCGUCGUGACAGCUGCAGCUGCUAGAUGAUUGGAACAAGAAGAGACUCAUUUCUUUGUGCAAAAACACCUCAAAAAGUAUAGCACCUCCGGAAAAUGUAUAGAAAGAUCACAGACCAAGGCGUGAAUGCGUU